AUGUCUUUCCUCACCUCCGCCCUCCGAGCGAGCUCUCGCCGUGUCGCCCCCAUGAGCUGCACUUUCCCCGGCGUCUCAUCCAUGCACACCUCUGCCACACGAUUCAGCCUCAAGGAGAGCGACAAGACAGACCGAGACAAUCUUUCCGAACACUACGAGGCCAAGAAGGAGCAGCAAUUGAAGGAUCAGAAAGCUGGCAAGGCCGCUUGGGACUCCGAGAUCGCCAGUAACAGUGAAGAGCAGGUCAAGGCAGACCGGGGUGAGCUCGAUGCCUCCGAAAAGUCUUUCCAGGACUUGCAGCAGAAGACCAAGAACAUGCCCCAGCAGAAAUAA